UACUUUUGGGAAUGUUAACGGAAACCAUAAGUUAUGGAAAGUGAGGUCUGAAUCGGGGUGGAAAGUACAAAAAAACAAGAUUUUGUUUGGCUUUGACAAUCCUUUCCCUUUUUAACAAUGCAAUUGGUCACCGUUUCAUGCCACAGUCUACUUCUGUGGAAGUUUGAUUUGCCUUUAUCGUGAUGUCGGGGAGAUGCAACUGGUUUUAAUCAUUGAGUCGGGAAUCGCUUCCCGCAGUUACAGAGAGCUGCCGUCGGUGUCCGCUGCACGGCACAGACUGAAUUAAUUUUUAACUGGCAACUGGGGGGGUGGGGAGGAGGAAUUAACUUCGGUGACAAGAAACGUGUGCCACAGAACGACUGCUAUUUGCACCGCUCGACGCCGACGUAUAUUUGCAAGUUAAAGAAAUUCCAACCUCUGAAGAAGAAGUGGGAAUGGUGAUAUUUUUAUACCAAGAUGGAACAAAAGGCUGGGAGAACUCUCCUCCUUUUUGGGGCGUGAAUUAAAAAAGUUUCCAACUGAGCAUCAAUUGAAGAUACAGUUUGUCCUCGUUUUAAAAAAACUUUUCUCGCAGUUCGCGUGAUUUAGAGGAAUUCUUGAAAGCUGGAGCGGUGCUGGGAUUUUGCUGUGAUUUCAAGGACAGACCCAUGCUGGCUAAGUGACCCCCCGGUCCUGUGUGGGGCGGCUGCGAUGUGACCGGUCCGGUGUUACCGUUAUAUUCCUGGACGAGCAAUUGAAUGGAAUUGGCCUCCAGGAUUAGGCAACAGCAGCAAUCCGAAGAGAUGUCACGGACACACGGCCAGGUGCCACACACCCAGGGGACACGGGAAGGGACGUGGUCGGUGUAGAGUCGUGACUAUUGCUUCUUGAUCUUGUGCCAUUUACAAACACAGAGUGAGGGCGCAGAGCGCACAGCGCCGUUGACAUGUGCGUUCGCCAAGUCGUGCCACACUGUCGCCGGCUGAAAUGCUCUCAUCCUUUCGUGUUGGUGGCGGCGAUCGCCGUGUGCUUGGUUUACCCCUCGCUCACCGUGUACAGACUGAGAGCGGGCGGCGUCAGUCCUCUAGGGCUGAAGCUGAGAGCCUGGAACAAGUCGACACAAGUCCCUGCGAACGGGCAGGAAUAUGACGGGAAUCUCAAUUGCGUCCCUGGACCUGCUGCGCUUCAAAGCCUAACCGAGAAUGAACCCACAAAAUCUAAUGCCUUCAGCAAUCGCAAGAAAACUGUUGUCCUAGGAGGAUAUAAUUCCAUUAGUUCAUCUGACCUUCGAUUAUAUCGGCAAAUCUUUGCACAAUACGGUUAUGAACUUGUCCUAUCGCCACAAGUUGGAGGUUCCAGCUACAAUGGAGUAUAUAAAGAUAUUGGAGUUGAACAUUGGGACUUACUAAUCUGUUUCACAUCAAAUGAGGUUGAUGGUGACAGGUGCAUUCAAAAGGGAAAGUUUGAUCAACUUCUAUUCCACCAGAAGGUAAACAAAAUACCAGGAUUAGAGAGUACACUUUGCAGAAAAGAUGGCUUUUGCCAAAUUAUGAAGAUAGCUCAAAGUCUACCAGUGCUUCAGCCCUUGGUCGUUUCUCCUUUGUGCUUUGACCACUAUUUGGAAUUGGAAACUGCCAGUGACAAAAGAAUGCAUGGAAACUCCAUUCCUCAUGAUGAAAAUACUCCUCUAAAGCGGCAGAAGCUGAACAACGACAUUGGCAUGAAACAAUAUUACGCACUUUCAGAAAAUGCACUCUGGGGAAGGAAACACAAUGCUCCGAUAGAAGGUCUUUCUGCAAUUCUCAAAGUGUAUGUUUUGGUGACCUCGUUGUCUCCACUCCGGGCAUUUAUUCAUUCAACUGGACUUGUCCAAGGUGUACCCAAUAAGAAGUUCUUUGUUACCAAGCUUCUGGAAUAUUUUGAAAAAUACUUUGGUACAGCAUCCUCCGCACAGGCCUUUGAGAACAUGAAGGAGCUAAUUACGCAAGUUUUAUUAAUAGCGGAAGUGAAUAUUGAAUCCUCCAUUAAUAGUCAAGGAACGUCAGAAAGAUGUUGUUCAUGUUUUCAGCUGUUGGCCUUUGAUCUUAGCUUUGGCACAUCUGUCUAUCCAGUAAUUGUUGAGGUACAUGAACAACCUGUUUUUGAAGCAAAUGAUAACAUAGCUUUUGAAGAUCGUAUCACCAAAGAUUUCAUACUGGAAGACACUUUUGAGCUUCUGUUAUCUGGCUCAUCUGCAGUAAGUGAAAUAUCUGAAGCUUUAGAAAAUAUACAUCAAACUGAACGAUUGAAGAAUCACAGCCGGUUCCAGAAACAUGAUCUUUGUCUGAGUUCAAGAGAUAUAACAGUCAUUCGUAAUUUUCAUAUGGAAUUCAAGAACCAAGGGAAGUUUCAGUUGCUUUAUCCAUCCACUAACCCAGACUAUCAAAGAAUAUUGUAUGCACUAUAUCACCAUUUUGAUUACACAUCCAGAAGAAGAUCUAAUCUAGGGAUGCAUCUGCUUCUCUCACAACUAAGAGACCAGUUCCAAGCUCUUCAACUAAAGAGCAACUUGAAUUAUUUUCAAUGGGAACCAUUUCAGACAAUACCCCCUCAUACAUUUGAAAAGAUUGACAACAAGAUGGGUCGGAACAAGCAGAAAAACUGCAGCACAGCCAAACACACUCUGACACAUAUCUCUCGCAUCCUUACCAGACCGCAGUUGAAACUGAAUCCAACCUUCACGUCAAAAAACAAAGUGUACUAUUCCGAAGUCCCUUUUGAUGUGGUGAUAAUAAAGAUUAGAGCAGAGGCAGCCAAUUGCCACUGUCAGGUGCAUUUAGAUGAGAAAAAGGGAUCCAGCAUCGCCAAUUAUCCUCUUGGCCUAGGAAACAACAGAAUCCAUAUACUGGUAUCGGAUGAGUCUCGAGCCAAACCUGCUAUUAUAGCAACGUACACCAUCAAUGUUUACCGCCACAACCGCCCCAGUCUUCCGGCACUGGAUGGAAGUAUAGCGUGCAGCUUUGUGCAGGACUGUGGGUUGAUAAUCCAACCUGACAAGCCUUGCGGCCUGCAACCAGUGUCCAAUGGCUACCUCUCACCAGUUGCUCAGAGGCAGAUUCAAAUCUGUAAAACAGGCGAUGCCAAAGGGCAAUGGCUUGUUCCUUGUCUGAGCUGCUCAGACAACCAGACCUGUGACUGGCAGAAGGCAAGGUGGCACCCAGACAACUGUCAUCACCUCUCACCAACUAAAAUACAACUUCAACAGUGUCUGCGUGGAAGAAAGGUUCUUUUUAUUGGAGAUUCAACUAAUAGGGGAAUGAUGUACUACCUAAUGGAAGAAGUGAAUGAAACUCUGCAGGACUGGGACAAAGCACAUGACAGUAAAUUCUGUUACAAUUUAAAUGGAGGAAAGACAUUCACUAGUUAUGUCUACUAUCCUCAGUUCUGGCUGAGUUUAGAUCAAAGACCAACAUUUGAAAAGGCUUUGGAGCAACUCAUACAAAGGUCACAUCCUUUGGAAAACAAUGACCAGACGGUUCUGGUUGUAGGUGGUGUGCAAUGGUUAAACACACAUCACCUGCACAUUACACACAAGGUUUUACAAAGGCAGAAUCUUUUGAAUAUUCUUGUAAUCAUAAAAACCAUAGGAAUGGGAUUUCACCUUCCCGUGGAUGGAAUCCGAUCCUUGUCUUUGGAAGAAGUACAAAACUUGUGGAAAGAAAAUACAGAAAUACUCUCCGAGGCAAAGAAAUAUGGUUUUGAUGUAGUUGAUACAUUUAGUAUCACUAUGGGACGUUAUAAAGAAUUUCUUCAGGGAAAGUGUGCAUGUCAUUUUCAUGAGGUAACCAGUUCUGAAUACUCUAGAUCAACAAUGCGUAUAAAAAUGAAGCAUUUAGCACGCUCCUUUACUGGAAAGGACAACUCAAGCCAGAGCAAGGCUUCAGCACUCCGAGAUGCUUUGUCUGCUUCUAAAUCACACUAUCAUGUCAAAGGUCCAAUAAACCAGGCCUAUUCAGAAAUUCUUCUCAGCAGAGUCUGUGUUAACAGAUUGAACAUUCUGAGUACUCAGCAGUAAAAAAGACACAUUUUACAGUUUUAAGAUUUGCUGCUUCCCUGGAGAUCUGUGCAAAAUACCGCACGGUAUGCAUUCUGUUUCUUGCUGAUUGGCUACAUAUCCUACCACCACCAAAGACAUGUGACACUUUUUAAAUCUUUAUGAAAUCAAUAUGUGCCUCUGAAAAUGUGAGGCUUCAGAAUGGCAGAUGGAAAAGCAGAAAAUUGAUGUGAUUCGCUGUCUGGCCAGAUGAAUUGCAUAAACAGCUGUGGGCGAAACAAAGUAUUUUACAUAAGAUUAAGUACAUAUGAGACUUGAAGUCCUUAAGUAAGCCACUUAAUCCUUUUCUGUGCAAUAUUCAGUCACUAUCUGCACUAUUUUCUGCUGGAUUUCUGAAUAGCUUUUUAUUUUUAUAUGUAUUGUUCACGAGAAAUCACAUUCCCCAGAUAUUGCUGGUGAUAUCAAAUUAUAUAUACCUCACAAUGCCUGUUUAUACAAGAAAAUAAUUUAGAAUGUUGCCUAAAUACUCAAAUGUCUUAAACAUAUUUUGCAUACAGAGAAUGUUCAAUGUUUAUAAAAUGUUGGUAUUUUUUUACAUCUACUUUUAAUACAUUUAUGUAUUUUUAAUUUUUCUAUUAAAACAUAUAAUGCUUUAAUUUACAA